GAUUCAAGAACAGACUCCAAUUUUCAAAUGUUUAUCUCAAAAACAAAUAAGGGCGCUGGCCACAGCUCAAGCAGUGCAAAAGAAGGAGGAGAAAGCAGACAAAGCGCCAGCAAAGGAAUCGCAGUCGUUUGUGAUGAACUUGUUCCGAGGCUCCCUGCAGACUAGUCAGGUCUUCCCUUACCCGGAAGUACUCAAUGAAGAACAAACCGAUACCUUGAGAAUGCUCGUCGAGCCCUCAGCUAAAUUCUUUGAUGAAGUGAAUGACCCAGCCAAGAACGACACGGCUGAGAAGGUGGACGAGAACACGCUGGCUGGUCUGUGGGAGUUGGGGCUGUUUGCCCUGCAGGUGCCGCAGGAGUUGGGGGGUCUCGGCCUCAACAACACCCAGUACGCUCGACUUGUCGAAAUUGUCGGCGCACAUGACUUGGGUGUCGGCAUCACACUUGGUGCCCAUCAGUCCAUUGGAUUCAAGGGUAUUUUGUUGUUUGGAACGCCAGAACAAAAGCAGAAAUACUUACCAAGGGUAUCUACCGGGAAAGAAUUCGCCGCUUUCUGUCUUACGGAGCCUUCAUCGGGAAGUGACGCAGGAUCAAUCAGGACUCGCGCUGUCCUCUCACCAGACGGAAAGCACUUUGUUCUCAAUGGAAGCAAAAUUUGGAUCAGUAAUGGAGGAUUCGCUGAGGUCAUGACAGUGUUUGCUCAGACUCCUAUUAAGGAUGAAGCCACAGGUAAAGAAGUGGACAAGGUGACGGCAUUUAUAGUUGAGCGUUCGUUUGGUGGCGUGACGUCAGGACCCCCCGAAAAGAAGAUGGGCAUCAAAGCAUCGAACACGGCCGAAGUGUAUUACGAAGACGUCAAGAUUCCCGUCGAAAAUGUGCUCGGAGGAGUUGGACAGGGAUUCAAAGUUGCGAUGAACAUCCUGAACAACGGUCGGUUCGGUAUGGCGGCGGCGCUGUCGGGCACAAUGCGUGCGGUGACCAAGAAGGCGGUGGAGCACGCGACCACUCGCAUCCAGUUCGGCCGGCGCAUCGACUCGUUCGGCACCAUCCAGGAGAAGCUGGCUCGCAUGGCCAUGCUGCACUACGUCACCGAGAGUGUCGCCUACAUGCUCUCCGGAAACAUGGACUCCGGAUCCGUCGACUACCAUCUUGAAGCUGCCAUUUCAAAGGUGUUUGCAUCUGAAGCAGCGUGGUACGUUACAGAUGAGGCAAUUCAAAUCCUUGGAGGAAUGGGCUUCAUGAAAGAUACGGGUCUGGAGAGAGUUAUGAGAGAUCUGAGAAUUUUCAGAAUAUUUGAAGGAACCAAUGAUAUCCUUAGAUUGUUUGUCGCUCUCACAGGUAUCCAGUACGCUGGAGGCCACUUGAGAGAAUUGCAGAAAGCCUUCAAGAACCCAGCCGCCCAUCUGUCACUGAUCAUGAAGGAAGUUACCGAACGAGGACUGCGUACCGUUGGUCUCGGCACUAAACCCUCUCUUGAUAAUGUUGUUCAUCGACAACUCCAGUCUUCGGGUGCUCUUCUUGCUAAGAACGUGUUCCUGUUUGGGGACGCAGUGGAGAAGAUGCUGAUGAAGUACGGUCGUAACGUGGUGGAUGAGCAGUUCCUGCUGAACCGACUUGCGGCGGCCGCCAUUGACACAUACACCAUGGCUAUCGUCCUGUCACGUGCCUCGCGCUCCCUCGACCUCGGCCUCCCCUCUGCCGAGCACGAGGUCCUCAUGACCGAAGUCUGGUGCUCUGAGGCUUCGCAAAGAGUCUUCCAAAAUCUAUCCAUGCUCAGCUCCUCAUCUUCAAAGGAUAACUUCAAGAAACUUGGACAAAUCGCUCAGAACGUGUGCAACAACGGUGGAUUUGUCCAAUCAAACCCACUCAAUUUCUAAACACCUUCAAUCAAUUCAAAAUCGGUGAAAGUAAUGACAGAUGCUGUCGUUGAAGUUUUCCAUAAUUUUUCAAAUUCAUUUAAAAUUUAUCACUCAUUGGUGCUUGUAUCAUCUCAUUUUUAUCCUGCAGAUAAAUUGAGAUAGGCUUAUGAAUAGGGCUCAUUGAAUUAAUGUUUUUCAUAGCUCACAAACAUCGUUCAUCCAACUUUAUUUUCAUGAUUGCUUCAAACAUGUUAUAUCUUAUUAUUUAUUCUUUUUGUUAUUAAUUUAUUAUUGUUAAUUUAGGCGAAAUAUUGGAAAUUUUAUGAGAUUGAGACACAAGAUUUACCUUGAUUUUUUUGUUGGACUCAUCUAUUUUAACUUGCGCACAACUUUUUCAAGUUCUUCAUUGAUAUUAGAUAUCUAAUAAAAUCAUUUAUAAUUUAUAGUAAAUUUCUUCUUUUGAAACUAAACCAUCCAACAACAAUUGUGUUCAGUCUAUUUAGGACAAUUUACAGGUCUUACAAACUCAAAAUAUUCUAAAUCUUAAAAAUGCAAGAUUCAAUGCAAUUGACAUUUUAUAACUGUACAUAUUAAUAAUAAUCGGCUACCAUCUAAUGUAGUUUAUUGUAUACACAUAAUAUAAACUAAGACCAUUAUAUUAUUAUUAGUCAAAUUUUUACAUUGAUGUUGUGAACUUGAAAAUGAAUAUUGUAUCAGAUUUACUGAUGAAUUAAAUAGAAACGUCAAAGCUUUUAUAAUUAUCAGUAUUAGGGAUUUCAUUAUGUGAUCAUAGAAUCUGUAAAUCAAUCAUUUACUGUCAAAUUGUAUUUUUAUAGAAUAAAAAUUCAAAUAAAGUUUGA